CGUCAGCUGCUGUCAGUGCUCAAUAAGCAAUUCAGAUUAUCGAGAACUAAAACUUCUGAUUACCCUCUUCCAUCUUCAUUCCUAUCAACACUUACUCUCACCCAAUCAUCAGAAUGAAGACAUCUUUUGCACUUGCCGUCUUGUCGCUCUUCUAUACGCACUGUCUCGCUGCCUCAGUUGACAUGUGGUCUUCACCUCUCAAGGGGCGAGCUGCACUCAAGUACGAAGCCAUCGAGCCUGAAGUUAUUAAGGCUCGCCUUGGUACUACUCCUGACGAGAACAGUGAAGGGGGUCGAGAGUCUGGCAUGGUUUACUUCUGCCGUGAGGAGAACUGGGGAGCUCCAUGUUUCGCCUAUCGUCCUGAACUUGAAUAUACAUGCAAUGAGCUAGGCCCUGAGCUAAAGGGACAUAUCGGAUCUGUUUUCAUUGAUCCUGGUAUGAUCUGCCGUCUAGCUGGAUUCAACAAUGAUCGAUGUGCCCCGAUCAAAAUAUUUGCCUGGCCCGAGACCCAACACGGCUGGCCUGACCUAUUCCAUCAGAAUGCCCCAGGAGGAGCUAUGAAUCUCGGAGCCGCAACAACACAUUUCACAUGCGCUGAGUGUACCAACUGCGUUGAGAAAUCUGGAUAAGACAGGCGGAAUAUGGGUGAUUGAUGGAUGAAAUGGAAGUUUGAGGAGGGAUAGAUGUCGUCCCGGGCAUAUCAAGCUUGAACAAGGGUAAUCAAAUUAAUAAGCUCUAGUUAGAGCACUUCUUAGCUCAUGAACUAGUA